CUGUUCGAUGACGUAAUAGACGAGCGCAGGAAAGAUGGCGGAUUCCACAGUUUCAGUCGUUCUGAAGUCGAGAGACGGACAAAAGCAGAAAAUAAACGUCAAAGUGGAGAACACGUUAACAUCGUUAAUCGGUGGAAUUCAACAAGUUGCUCAGAACAUCUCGCCGCUUCUGAACGAACUCGUGGAGCGGGAAAGAGUCGUCGGGGACUGCUCAUUUGAAGAUGAAGAUAGUGACGAAGAUGAUGACGAGGCAGAGAAACAUCAAAACUCAGGCCUUCCACCAUCUGCUAAAAGAUCCAAAAUGUAGCAGCUGACAAGCGCUAAACACUUUUUAGCUGACAGACAUCUUCCACUGUCAUUUCUGUGUCCCACAAUCAUGCUGUAAAUAAAAAAAUGAAUCUUGGACGAGUCAAUAGUGUCUCAUGUU